CUGCAUUUAGAGGGUGGAGCUGGAAAAGAGCCUUUUUUUUCUCAUUGUUUUUAAGUUACAGCGAAUAGUGAGGAAGUAUUGAGGAGACGCCAGGGAUCACAUUAUAUUGCCAUUUUAAGGUUAUAUUUGGAUUCAUAUUUUAUUAGGUUAAUAUACUAAAACAUACGUGACGAUGAGAAAGAAUUGUACCGGAUUCAAGGUUUCCUUGGUUGUACUAUAUGCUACAUCAGCUUAUUUAAAUCAUGUGGUGGGUAUUCAAGUGACCUCCACAGGGCCACAGACAAUUAAGAGAUCACAGGGAACAGAUGUUACUUUGAGCUGUACCUACAGUGAGAGCCCAUCUGACACUGGGCAGCUGGAUGUUGAGUGGUCAAUUGUCAGUCCAGACAUGACUCAGAAAGACAAUUUGAUCUUAUCAUACUCUGGUGGGAAGGAGUACAAACUUGGUGACCCAAACCUGAUGAGUCGACUUAAGUUUGUGGGAAACCCCAGCCAAGGAAAUGCCACUAUCACUAUCUCUUCGGUACAUGAGUCUGAUACAGCCACCUACCAGUGCAAAGUGAAGAAGCCACCUGGUGUAGACUCACAGAAGAUUACUUUGGUGAUACUUGUGUGCCCCUCUGUUCCUAAAUGUUGGGUUCAAAAUGGUGAAGAGAUAGGAGGUACUGUCUCACUGUACUGCAAAUCAUCACAAGGUUCAAUUCCUCUAACCUACAAAUGGAUAAAAGAGAAUGGGGCAUUGCCAUCUACAGCAGUACAGAAGCCUCAGACCGGAGAAUUGCUGAUCUAUAACCAUUCACAAAGCUACACAGGCAACUAUGUGUGUACGGUCAACAAUGAAGUAGGGAUGGAGCAGUGCAAAUACACAUUGAAAGCAUACAAUCCAGUCAAUAAGGCAGGAGUAAUUGCAGGGGCUGUUAUAGGUGCAUUGCUGCUUUUGCUCCUCCUCCUAUUGUUAAUAUGGCUUCUUAUAUGCUGCUACCAGAAGAAACGUUAUGAAAAGGAAACUGCAAAUGAGAUCAGGGAAGAUGCUGCAGCACCAGAGAGUCGUCCUGGGAGCAGGCACUCUAGUUUCCGCUCCAUCAUGGGUUACCACCCCCAUCAGGGUGUCACCUACAGCUCAGUUAGAAACAGUAAACCAGGAAGGGCUGAUUCAAGCAUCAGAAACUUCAAUACCAACCAGAGUCAAGUACCUUCACAAGGAACAUUAAGAUAUGACAGCAAAUAUGGAUUUGCUGUAUGAGUCACCUUACCAAGAAAAAAAAUCACUAUUCAAAUCACUGAAAUUCCACUUGACUGUAUAUGACAUAAUGGAAUCCCAUAAUGGAUUUUGUGUCUGGAGUGACAUUUAAGUUGUUUAAUAUAUUUUCUACAAUCUUUUUCAAAACAAAUAUUUUAAUUGAGGACAUGAAUAGAAAGUAAACUUAUAGAUAAAGAAAUUGA